UAAAUUUGAUUAUAAUCGUGGCUCAAUUUAGCCUUUAUCUGAGUCAAACGAAGCAGCCCGAGGGAAUAACGAGUGAUCUCGAAGGACAAGAACUUUUUUUAUUUAUUCAAAAUGUCUUCCAGAAGUGGUCCAAGAGCAAGUGGAACUGAUGGUUCUGAUUUUAGUCAUCGUGAGAAAGUUGCCUCGCAUUAUAAAGAUAGUGUGAAAUGGAAAAGCAAAUUAAAACUUAAUCUUUCUCUUCACCUUCUUUGCAUCAUUUUGGGAGCCCUGUGGUCUGUACUAGGUCAUUUCAAGGUGGUGCAGUUUCAACCACAAGACUGGCAUCUGGCUUGGCUCUGUACCAUAAUACCAGUCAUAUUAGGACUGAACAGCCUCCCAAAAAACAAACAUAAUCAAUUGUGUUUUUAUGUGAUUGGAUGUCUUCUAUUUGGAUUUGGUUCAAUGACCUAUGGAGCCUCAAGAUAUCUCAAGAUUCUAGUAGCAUAUGUGCAACAGAAGUCUCCUGGAAAACUGGACUUGAGAGGAUUGUCAAUUAAACUAGCAGUUGUUGGUUUGAUUGUUCAAAUGCAAAUAACUGCCUUGUAUUAUGCAAUAAGACUUAUUAGAGCAUGGAAGUCGAAGGGUGAGAAGAAAAACUCUUAACUGUUAAAAUAUUAAAAAAUAAAAUAUGAUUCCUGUACAUGUGUAAUAGGUUCAUUAGGCAAAAAUUACAUGCUUUC